AGUAGGUAAGUAAUAGGAUGUAUAUGUAUUAGGAGGUCUACCUAGUACCUACCCUUUCUUACCUAUAUCUCGUCGUCGUCCUAUUACCUAGUAUUUUUUUUUUCCUUUCAGAAGAAUGGCAUUCAAAUCACUGGACUCUGUUACCUCCUCUGAUAUCGCAGCUUUAGGAAUCGACCCCCAACUUGCUCACUCACUCCAUGGAAGACUCGCCGAGAUCGUCUCUAAUCACGGCUCUGCCACUCCCCACACGUGGCGCUGUAUCUCCAGCCAUCUUCUCUCCCCUGAUCUCCCUUUCUCUCUCCACCAGAUGCUCUACUAUGGCUGCUAUAAGGACUUUGGACCCGACCCGCCUGCUUGGAUACCCGACGCGGAGAAUGCAAUUUCAACCAAUGUUGGCAAACUAUUGGAGAAGCGGGGGAAGGAGUUUUUGGGAGUAAAGUAUAAGGAUCCCAUUUCAAACUUCUCUGAUUUCCAAGAAUUUUCAGUCACAAACCCUGAGGUUUAUUGGAGAACAAUACUAGAUGAGAUGAACAUUUCUUUUUCAAAGCCUCCAGAAUGUAUUUUGCGUGAGAAUUUUUCUAGAGACGGGCAAAUAUUAAACCCAGGAGGUGAAUGGCUUCCUGGAGCAUUCAUUAAUCCUGCAAAAAAUUGCUUAGAUUUAAACUGCAAGAGUUUGGAUGAUACAAUGAUAUUAUGGCGUGAUGAAGGAAAAGAUGUUUUGCCUGUGAACAAAAUGACACUUAAAGAAUUACGUUCGGAAGUCUGGUUAGUUGCUUAUGCGCUCAAAGAACUGGAAUUGGAGGGAGGGUCUGCAAUUGCCAUUGAUAUGCCAAUGAAUGUCCAUUCUGUGGUUAUCUAUCUAGCUAUUGUUCUGGCAGGCUAUGUGGUUGUAUCAAUUGCUGAUAGUUUUGCUGCUCCCGAAAUAUCAACAAGACUUAAAAUAUCAAAAGCAAAAGCCAUAUUUACACAGGAUCUAAUUGUCCGCGGAGAAAAAACUAUACCCUUGUAUAGUAGAAUUGUGGAAGCUCAGUCUCCAUUGGCAAUUGUUAUUCCUAGUAAGGGCUCCAGUGUUAGUGCACAAUUGCGUCAUGGUGAUGUUUCUUGGCAUGACUUUCUAAACAGAGCAAACAAAUUUAAAAAUUAUGAAUUUGCUGCUGUGGAGCAACCAAUUGACGCAUAUACUAAUAUCCUCUUCUCAUCUGGAACUACAGGGGAACCAAAGGCAAUUCCAUGGACUCAGGCCACUCCUUUUAAAGCAGCUGCUGAUGCAUGGUGCCACAUGGACAUUCAGAAAGGUGAUGUUGUUGCUUGGCCCACUAAUCUAGGUUGGAUGAUGGGUCCUUGGCUGGUGUAUGCUUCACUGUUAAAUGGAGCUUCUAUUGCCCUGUAUAAUGGAUCUCCGCUUGGAUCUGGCUUUGCCAAGUUUGUACAGGAUGCCAAAGUAACAAUGCUAGGUGUAAUCCCAAGUAUUGUCCGAACAUGGAAAUCUACAAAUUGUGUUGCUGGCUAUGAUUGGUCCACCAUUCGUUGCUUUAGCUCUACUGGGGAAGCAUCUAAUAUAGAUGAAUACUUGUGGUUGAUGGGGAGAGCGUACUACAAGCCUGUUAUUGAAUAUUGUGGAGGCACUGAGAUUGGCGGGGGAUUUGUAACUGGGUCCUUAUUACAGGCUCAGUCAUUAGCUGCUUUUAGCACACCAGCUAUGGGAUGUAGUUUGUUCAUACUUGGCAGUGAUGGUUAUCCCAUACCUAAACACAAACCAGGGAUUGGUGAAUUAGCGCUUGGUCCUCUCAUGUUUGGAGCUUCCAAGACAUUGCUGAAUGCUGAUCACUAUGAUGUCUAUUUUAAGAGAAUGCCUUCGCUGAAUGGAAAAGUUUUAAGGAGGCACGGGGACAUGUUUGAGCUUACAUCCAAAGGCUACUAUCAUGCACAUGGUCGUGCAGAUGAUACAAUGAAUCUUGGAGGCAUCAAGGUGAGUUCUGUCGAGAUUGAACGAAUCUGUAAUGAAGCCGAUGAAAAAGUUCUUGAGACAGCUGCCAUUGGGGUGCCACCUCUUACUGGUGGACCUGAGCAGUUGGUUAUUGCUGUUGUAUUAAAAAAUUCAGACAGAACAACAGUGGACUUAAAUCAAUUAAGGCUGUCUUUCAACUCAGCUGUGCAGAAGAAACUAAAUCCUCUAUUCAGGGUCUCUCGUGUUGUGCCCCUAUCGUCACUUCCGAGAACAGCAACUAAUAAAGUGAUGCGAAGAAUUUUACGCCAGCAGUUUACUCAGCUUGAUAAAUCUUCUAAGAUUUGAUUUCGAGCAAUUAUUCUAUUCUGUACAAAAGUGACUCAUUCCUCUCUCACAAUCACAGAAUGUAUAAUGGUAACAAAUCAUUACUUUAAGUAAUGUAGUAUUUAUUUUUAUUCGGGUAAAUAGCGGCAUAAGUACUUAAAGUUUUAAGUUUGUAAGUAGCAUAAUUUUAAUGUUUAUUUUUAGCGGCAUAAAUACUCAAUGUUUGUAAAACUGUAAUUUUUCUUUAAUUUCAUCCGUACAAACCCUGUUAUUUUUUUAAACAGGCUACAUAUAAGGUCUAGAUUCUUGAUCAUUGGAUCUAGACAGAAACAUGUAGUAUCAGUUGCUUCUAAAUGUUCUUUUAAUAAAUUUAAAACGGAGUCUGUACUGACAAAAUUGAAGAAAAAUUACAGUUUUACAAACAUUAGGUACUUAUGCCGCUAAAAAUAAACAUUGAGUUUAUGCCGCUUACAAACUUAAAAUUUUGAGUACUUAUGUCGCUAUUUACCCUUUUUAUUCACCAAACAAAGUGUUGAACAAUGCGUUGCCAUGUGAUCCAAAUACCCUUUGUUAGCCUUCCUUUUUAAUUAUCGAAACAUGAGAUGAUAUUUAUUUUCUUUCGAUUUCUCUCA